AUGCCCAAGGAGAAAGAAGACUCAAGUUGUACUCCAUCUACAGUUGGUCAAAAUAGAGAGGAAAAGACUCAAGAACAACUAGAAUCCAUACCUACCCAAACCAAGGGAGCAAAAAAUGUUGAAAGAGCAAUUUCUCUACCGUUUCCUCAGAGUCAUCCAACCAAGAGGCGUCUUAAGGGUAAUGAAAAGGUAAACAUGGGUAGAAAUGUUUCUGUACUUUUUGAGAAACAAAAGUCCAUGAUGCUUGAGAAAUGUAAGGAUCUAGGAACAUUCACCAUUCUAUGCAUCAUUGGUAAUAAUAGGAUUAAGAAUGGCAUGUUAGAUUUAGGAGCAUCCAUAAAUAUCAUGUCAUUGUCCAUUUUUACUUCACUAUCUCUUGGCCCUCUGCAACCUACAGGUGUGGUUAUCCAGUUAGCCAACAGGAGCAUAACAAACCUAGCUUGGAUUGUUGAAGAUGUGCUAGUCAAAGUAAAUGAUCUUAUCUUUCUAGCCGAUUUCUACAUCUUGGAUAUGCAAGAGGGAGAGUCAAUGAAGAGUGUUGCACCAAUUACCUUGGGAAGACCAUUCUUGAAGACUACAAGAACAAAAAUUGAUGUGCACGCUAGGACACUCACCAUAGAGUUUGGGGACAACAUUGUGUGCUUCAAUAUAUUGGACGCUAUGAAGCAUCCAUCUGAAGAACAUUCUACCUUCCAAAUUGAUUUGUUUGAUGAUUUGAUAGAUGAACAAUUUUAUGCGUUUUUAGAAGAGGAAUUCUCUCUUAAUUUUUUGAAUAUAUAG